CAAAACGGUCUCAGGAAACGCGUAUUAACACUAAAGUUAGCUCCAGAAGAAGAAACGGGCACCCACUUUUUCUCUCUCUUUUUCAAAGCGUCUCUGAGCGAAGAUGUGUUGGGAGAAUGAUGCUCAAGACCAUCCAACGGGGAAAAGCAAAGCACAAACAAAAGUAGUACAAGCAAGACAACAACACAUAAAUACUCUGCUCUGAAACGUGUUGCACCCAAUAUAACCAAAACAUUUCUUCGUAAAUUCAAUUCCACUGCACCACCUCAAACUCACUCCAUCUAUCUUUCUCUCUUGCUCUCUGUCGCUCGCUUUUUUUUUCCUUCGACAAGCAAGCCCAUCUCUCCCAAAUGGGACACUGUUUCUCCAAAUGGUCCAGAGAAAUCCCAAUCUCAUCCUCCUCUGAUUCAUCACCUCAUCGGUUCCGAGAUUCAAACCAGAGAACCCAAGAGCCGUUCAACCCAACCCCAUCAAGACCAAGACCACCAGGGCUUCCUGAGUCAUUUUCUAAGAUUCCAGAGUCUGAGAUUGGACCCAUUUUGCGCAAACCGUAUGUCGACCUGUCCUCUAUUUACACCCUCGAUAAAGAACUGGGAAGGGGCCAGUUUGGGAUCACCUAUCUUUGUACCGAGAAGGCGACGGGUAGACAGUACGCGUGCAAGUCUAUCGCCAGAAGGAAGCUUGUGACGAACAAGGACGUUGAGGAUGUCAGGAGGGAAAUUCACAUACUCCAGCACCUCACUGGGCAGCCGAAUAUUGUUGAAUUCAGGGGCGCUUAUGAGGACCGCCACAGUGUGCAUCUGGUGAUGGAGUUGUGCUCGGGAGGCGAGCUUUUCGAUCGGAUUAUUGCCAAAGGGAGCUAUUCCGAGCUCGAAGCUGCUACCAUUUGCAGGCAGAUUGUGAACGUGGUUCAUGCUUGUCAUUUUAUGGGGGUGAUGCAUAGAGACUUGAAGCCUGAGAAUUUCUUGCACGUCAGUAAGGACCCGGAUUCCCCUCUAAAGGCCACCGAUUUUGGACUCUCUGUCUUCAUCGAGCAAGUUAACAUUUUACCAGGGAAAGUGUACAAGGACGUUGUUGGAAGCGCAUAUUAUGUGGCCCCAGAAGUCUUGAAGCGUAAUUAUGGGAAGGAGAUAGAUGUAUGGAGUGCGGGAGUCAUUUUAUACAUACUUCUUAGCGGUGUGCCUCCAUUUUGGGCUGAGACCGAGAAAGGGAUAUUUGAAGCAAUUUUAGAAGGCAAACUUGACUUGCAAAGCCCACCAUGGCCCUCUAUAUCAGCUUCUGCAAAGGAUCUUGUCAAGAAAAUGUUGACGAUGAACCCUCAGAAAAGGAUUACUGCAGCUGACGCCCUUCAACACCAAUGGUUGAAGGAAGAUGGUGAAGCAUCUGACAAACCUAUUGACAGUGCUGUUCUAAUUAGGAUGAAGCAGUUCAGGGCAAUGAACAAACUGAAGAAACUUGCUCUAAAGGUAAUAGCAGAAAACCUGUCAUCAGAAGAAAUCCAGGGCUUGAAACAAAUGUUCAAUAACAUGGACACAGAUGGAAGCGGUACAAUCACAUUGGAAGAACUCAAAACGGGAUUAUCCAGGCUCGGAUCCAAACUUACUGAAUCAGAGAUAAAGCAGCUGAUGGAUGCUGCCGAUGUGGAUAAGAGUGGGACCAUUGAUUACAUAGAAUUCAUUACGGCUACAAUGCAUCGGCACAGGCUUGAGAAGGAAGAAAACUUGUAUAAGGCUUUCCAAUUUUUCGACAAAGAUGGCAGUGGGUUUAUCACAAGAGAUGAGCUAAGACAAGCUAUGUCUGACUAUGGUAUGGGGGAUGAGGAAACUAUAGAUGAAAUCAUUAAUGAUGUCGAUACUGAUAAGGAUGGUAGAAUCAAUUACCAAGAGUUCGUAGACAUGAUGAGAAGGGGAACAUAAGAUUAUGAAGAGAAACAGCGAUAGAGAGUUAAUUAUCGCUUGUAGCAUACAAUGAGCUUGUAAAUAAAAGUCAAUUAAAGCUCUAUGGGUGUUGCCUUUGAGUAGCCUUGUAAUUUCAAAUGCAUGAAUAAGCAUAUGGUUUCAAGUGUGAACAAA